UCUUUUUUUCCUUUUUGUAUCAUGAUGCUCCUCUUCUUCUUCUUCUUCUUCCUCAGUUACAACGGCACCGGAGACUUCGAUGAAACGAUCGUCGCCGUCGAGGUCGUCCAUUAUGAGUACGAUGCGGCGUUCCUCGAAUCAGCUGCCGGUGACCGAACAUCGAAACAGUCGGUUCGGUUUUCCCUGAUUUCCCACCGAGACUACCCGUCACUAGAUCCUCGUUCUCAAGGGCGCCGCCAUUUGUGCGAUUGCGAAUGGCGAGAGGAUUAAUAAAACAAGGGGCUCAGAGUCCAGUAAAUAUGAAAGGCCCAUCAGGAUCCAAAGGAAGAAUUCAAAACAUGUGUUACUACUACUCUCUCUCUGAUCAUCGCGCCAAACUCAAACGCAGAGAAGCAGUUACAUUUUCGAAUCUUCUGCUCCUCCAAGAUCGAUUUGCUUUUCCGAAAUGAAGAACCGUGAAAUUGAACCAUCGCUAGGUCUGCCGGCGCCGGAACAAAUAGCGCCACCACCGCUAGCUCUUCCCUUCUUGAGGAGCUGCUCAAUUCGCAUUUUUGUUCCUUCUGUUCCGGGAUGGAGAAUCCUGAUUUUGAACCAUUAGUAGAUCUGCCGGUGCCGGAACAAGUAGCACCACCGCCUAAUUCUUCGAUCACCAGUCGCGCUUCGCUUCCCGGCACCACCGCGACCGCUCGCUCUUCCCUUCUUAAGGAGUUGCAGAACCUCUGGAUCGAUAUUGGUGAAAGUUACAAUGAGAGAGUUAAGAUGACGCUAGAACUUGAGCAGGAAUGUCUGGAUAUAUACACUAAGAAGGUUGAGGAAACUCGCAAGUACAGAGCUGAGUUACAGCGUUCGUUAGCUGAAGCCGAAGCUGAAGUUACCAGCCUCACGUCUGCACUUGGUGAACAAGUUUCGUUUUCAUGGAAAGCAGGCUCUCUAAAGCAUCGCAUCUCUACUAUAAAGCCUGUAUUGGAAGAUCUGCGGAUGAAGAAAGAUCUAAUAUGGAAAGAAUUCUCUGGGAUACUGACACAAAUAGCAGAGAUCUCUUCUCACAUAGCGGGAAAUGAUUAUCCUGGUAACUCUGGCGAAUUGACCCAAAUAAAUUUGGAUGGACUUAGAGCACAUCUGCAAUAUCUUCACAAUGAGAAGGUGAUCCUAUAUAUAUGCUUUGCCCGGCUGCAGAAAGUCAACUCUCAUCUCAGUGCUAUCCAUGAGUUGUCAGAGAUAAUGUCAUUUGAUUUCCCUGAGGCCUUGAUUAAAGUCCAUAAAAGCUUGACCGGGGUAUCAAAGAGCGUCUCUGAUGCUACUCUUGCUAGAUUGACAAAACUUGUAGAGUCCCAGAAGAAGGAGAAAUGUCGGAGGCUGCUUCAGUUACGGGGUUUGUUAAGAAACAUGCAUGAGCUGUGGGAGCUAAUGAAAACACCUGUGGAUGAGAGGAGAAGAUUUGACCGUUUGAGUAGUUUACUCUCUCAUGCAGCUGAUGAUGCCUUGGACAAAGGGUGCCUCGGUCUGGACAUUGUUCGGGAGGCUAAAGAUGAAGUGCAAAGACUGAAUGCCCUGAAGGAAAGCAUGGCCAUAGACAGGACACGGGUCUCUGAUCCGGCAGAGCAGCUACAGCCGGGAAAGCAAGUGAUCCUGCAAGGAGAACAACCAGUUAAUCCAGAUGCGCAGGGAGAAGGCUGCGAACAGAUAGAUGAGGCCAACGCCUGUGAGUUCGUGGGGUAUGCGGUUAGGAUGAUAGAAAGUUGGAAGGAACCAUAUCAGAACAGUGGUAAUGAAAGGUCUCUAAAAGUUCUUGAAGACUUCAAGAAGCUCUUUGCAAGCUUUUACUCUCUCCCAGAAAUAGAGGAACAUAUGUUAGCCACUUACGGUAGUGCAGCAGCUGCAGCUACGGUGAUACCAUACUUUGAGAACAUUGUAAAGUCUGCCGGUGGUCUAGAUAUUGGUGCUGAUGAGUAUAAGAGGUAUUCUCUAGAACGUUCUCGGCAAAGAAGAGAGUCAAGAGACAAGGAAGAAAAUGGACAGAGGAAAAGUGAAGAGGAAGAAAUUGGGAUAGAGGAAACUGGUUAUAGCGACAGUUGCUUUGCAGAUGCAGGUAUAACAAUGAAGAGAGAUAUAUGAAGAGCCAAGAUGGAGUUUGAUGGAAAACAAAAAGAAAGAAGAGAAAUUUCAAGUCUGUCUCCUGCAAGAUCUUGACACAAAAUUGUAAUGCAACCCAGAGUUUCCAUAUAUUACAAUAACAUUUGUCUCAAGAAACUUGUUACUAUAGUAAUAAAGCAGACACAUUGCAUAUUAAAAUGAAUUUGUGGCCUCA